AAAAAAAUCUCGAACCGUUAACCCAAAAAUCCAAAAUGGAGAAGAUAGAGCACAAGUACGUACCAGUCAACGGCCUAAACCUCCACGUGGCGGAGAUCGGGAACACCUCAUCUCCGGCGGUGGUGUUUCUCCACGGCUUCCCGGAAAUAUGGUUCUCAUGGCGCCACCAGAUGCUCGCCGUCGCCGAAGCCGGAUUCCGAGCGAUCGCACCCGAUUACAGAGGUUUCGGGCUCUCCGACCCCCCGCCGGAGCCUGAGAAGGCUGACUUCAUGGACCUCAUAAAUGAUCUCCUCGCACUCCUCAACACCCUGAACCUGCCCAAGGUUGUGCUAAUCGGCAAAGAUUUCGGAGCAUCCGUGGUGGCCAUAUUCACCCUUCUCCACCGUGACAGGGUGUCCGGAUUUGCGACGUUGGGGGUGCCAUUCAUGCCCCCACGUCCUCCCAAGCACCAACAACGACUCCCUGAAGGCUUCUACAUGUCAAGAUGGCAGGAGCCGGGACGGGCAGAGGCCGAUUUCGGGAGGUUCGACGCCAAGACAGUGGUCAGGAAAGUGUACAUCAUGUUCUCCAGGAGCGAACUGCCUAUAGCAAAUGAGAAUCAGGAGAUUAUGGACCUGGUGGAGGCAUCGGCUCCUCUGCCUGACUGGUUCUCGGAAGAUGAUCUCCAAGUCUAUGGAGACCUGUACGAGAAAUCGGGCUUCCAGACGGCGUUGCAGAUCCCCUACAGAUACAGGCCGGCAGGGGCGCCGCAGUUCGAUAUAGGAGAGCCUAAAGUUGAGUUACCAACACUGCUGAUCAUGGGUGAGAAAGACUAUGCCUUUAAAUUUCCGGGCACGGAAAGCUAUGUUAGGGAUGGGAAAGUGUAUGAAUAUGUGCCUAAUUUGGAGGUCAAGUUCAUACCUGAAGGGAGUCACUUUGUGCAGGAGCAGUUUCCUGAUGAAGUGAACGCCACCAUCCUUAACUUCCUCAAAAGCCACCAGGGUUGAUUGUCACUAUGUUCCUGCAUUAUAUAUAGGCAUUUGAUAAGUACACAGCUUGCUGUAAUAAAGAGUUUCAACUUAUUUGAAUAAUACAGCUAUUUCAGUACCAUGCUUA